AUGGCAUCAUCACAUAAACUCGUGUCACUCUUUCUUUUCUUGUGGUCUGUUAAUGCACGAGAUGAUGGAGUCGAGCCGGUUGCUCAUCACGCUCGACUGUUGAUUAAUAGGUUGUAUGUGUUUGGAGACUCGAACGUUGACCCUGGAAACACCAUGAAAGUUGUCGAUCCCAACACCAAGCACAUCACCAAAGUUGGUCUGACCGCAGAUUUUCCUCCAUAUGGCAUCGACUUUGACAAGAAGUCCACGGCCACAGGCCGUUUUACAAACGGAAAAACAGCCGCAGAUUGCUUGGGGUUCCUCGGAAGUCAAUCUUCAGUUCCUCUAGCUUACACGAACUUUUUAGACGAUACCAGAACGAGCAUCCUGAGUAUAACAGGCAUCAAUUACGCAUCUUCUGGAUGUGGCAUACUACCCUAUACCAAACCACCAAUGGUGGAAUGCUCUAACUUACAAAAGCAGAUAGACUUCUUCAACUUGACAGUGAACCAAGAUUUGUCCCCUACUCUUGGCAAACCAUCAGCACUCAAAAGUUAUCUUUCGGAUGCCGUGUUCUUUAUAUCAAUUGGCGUGAAUGACUUUGUUUUCACCUACCCAACUGUAUACCCGAAGGACCCUGAAGAAUUUGCAUUUUUCCUUAUACGGGAGCUGAGGAACCAAAUAGGGAGACUGUUUCAAAUAGGAGCAAGACGAUUCAUAGUGAACAACAUUGCCCCUCUAGGAUGUUUGCCAGGAAUGAGGAACAAGGCCACUGGCCGGUGUAACGAAGAGGUGAACGAACCUCUCGUUCCCUACAACAAUCGGCUUGCUGCUCUGUUGAAAAACUUGAUGAGUGACUAUGAUGCCGAGUUUUUCUUAGCAGAUAGCCACAGCCUUUUUAAUCAAAUGAUUUGGUACCCUGGACAAUAUGGGUUUAUGAAUGUAAAAGACCCGUGUUGUGGAGAAGAUUACCAUGGGCAAUCGGUUUGUCUCCCUGGCUCCACUCCAUGCAGCAAUAGAGAUGAAUAUCUCUUCUUUGAUGGCGAACAUGUUACCCAAGCCGCGAAUUUUGCAUUUGCCCAUUUAUGCAUCAAUAGGACUAUCUGCAAUUAACACAAGGGUUGUUUCAAGUGGCAGAAAGGAUGGUCUUGCAUGCACAAAUCUCUAGUUCAACUCCAAGGAUAUAGUCGAGGUGCGCGUAGCCCGGAUGGCCGGGAGGAGAUCAGUCACGAUGUGCAUAAGCUAGCCCAAACACUCUUGACUGCCAAAAAAAAAAGAAGCAGAAGAAGACAACGACUACCUGCAAUUAAGUAUGGACAUUAACAGCUGAUCAAAAAAAAAAAAGUACGGACGUUAACAGUAGCGUAAUUUGUGAAACUAGUAAAAUCUUCUCUUUUCUGAUUACUUGACGUGCAAAAGUUUGAUUCUAAGCAUCAGUUUUGGGGGGUUUUCGUUGUAAAAUAUUAUAAAUCUGUGAAUCCUAGAUGCAAGGAAAGAUUCUUGGGAGAGAAGGGGCACAAUUUAUCU